GAACAGCACAAUACUAACCAGGACAUGCUCUAUCCUCUUGACAGUUGACAGCCAAGUCUUAUCAACUUCUUCUGAAAUUUUCAUUUGGUGAAAUGGAAGGGCUUCCGUUGCAAACCCUGUUUCACUUCCCUCCGAUUCUCCAAUCUCCCAGCAGUAAGAGAUGGAGAGAUUGUCAAUUUGCGUCACUAACAGUGAAAAGAUUGCCAAGGAGAGGGCUUUUGAAGGCUAGUGGAUUCAAUACUAUCCUAUUAUGUGUUAGUCCUGUUUUUGCUGCUCCGAUUCCAGAGGUGAAGGAUGAACCUCCCGUAAUUCGGACAUUGAAGCUUGAUAGUGGGGUGAGGAUUCAAGAGAUUAUUGAAGGAGAAGGUCCAAAAGCUGAAGAAGGAGAUGUAGUUGAAAUAAAUUACGUGUGCCGCCGCUCAAAUGGAUAUUUUGUUCACAGCACAGUGGAUCAAUUCAGUGGAGAAAGCUCACCUGUCAUACUACCUUUGGAUGAGAAUGGGAUUAUUAAGGGUUUGAAGGAGGUCUUAAUCGGCAUGAAGGCUGGAGGGAAGAGAAGAGCAUUGAUCCCACCUUCUGUAGGAUACAUAAAUGAAAACUUGAAACCAGUCCCUGAAGAGUUUGGCCCUCGUCGAAGCCUUUUUGCUCAUGCAAAUGAGCCUUUGAUAUUUGAGGUGCAGCUCUUGAAAGUCCUAUGAGUUUUUCUUUGUUAUAUACACAUACUUUGUAAUGAAACUAGAAUCAUUUUUCCUUUUAAACUUGUAUCCAAUGGGACUACUUUUCUUCUGAAGAUGUUCCCUUGUGUACCAAGAUCCCUUUUUAUUUUUCGCCAAA